CUCUGCACUGUUGGAUCUGCUCGGCGCGCAAUGCGGACACUCGCAAAUGAUCGGAAGGAGCUUCCUCCCCUUGGUUCACCCAGCAGACCGAGCUUCUGCUCAGGCUGUGCUGACUGGAUGGGAUGCCUCGGAUGGCGGCAGGACCAAGAGGCGCGUUGGGGUGAGGCUGACUGCCCUAGGAGGGAACGAUAGGCGAGAGCAGAACGGGGAUGAGAGGGUAGAAGCAAGGGGAGAGAGUCAGGGAGAUGGAAGGGGAGAGGAGGGACAGGUAAAGGGAGAGGAGGGAGAUGGGAGGAGAAAAGGGAGAGAGGAGGAAGACACCAACAGUAUAUGCAGCAGUGAGUGGCGAUGGCUUGAGAUGUCCGUCUCUCUUGCCACGUGUCCUCGUGAGGGGGCCGCCACGUGUACAUCUUCACACGGACCGCCUCCUGAAGAAACAGCCCGGGAAGGUCCGAGUGGCGGAGCCCGCGAGCCAAGGAUGGUUCUCUGCACUUUCCUGGACAUUUCCGAGCGGAGGAAGCAAGAGGAUCUCAUGCUGCAGAGGUUGAAGGAUUCCGUUGUGCCUGUCAUGGCCUCUCACCAGGACAUGGCUGCGAACAAUGACUUGCACCAUCAUAGCUCACAGCAUGAGUCACCACCCGUCGUCACCCCCGUCAGAGUCGCCCGCCCUGCUUCAAUCGAGGGAGAGGAACAGCAGCAGGCAGGCAGCAGCAGGAGCAGCAAGAGUGGCGUUGACAGAUGCGGUGGUGGCAGGGAGGCGGAGCACGGUGAGGAGGGUGGCGGGAGGGGAGAGCAGGCGGCAGGAGGUGGAGAGGCGAGUGGGAUUGACGGUGCGAGUAGAGGGUGCAGAGGUGGCGCCGGUGUGGAGGGCGGAGAUGGGAACAUGGCCGCGUUGACUACGUCUGAGGCGCCUCAGACGACUUCAAAUGGACAGUAUGACGAUUUCAAAUCGUCAGAUGACAGUAUGGACGCUUUGCAGCAGAUGGUGGCUCUGCUCAAGGGAGUCAAGCAGUCGCUGCAGUGGAGCCAUGAAAGUGCCAAGUUCCAUGCAAUCUUCGAGAUGUCCAUGGAUCCUAUUUUCAUCAACUCAAUGGAACAAAUACUGCAUGACCUCAAUCCCGCUGCCGCCCACAUCCUCGGAUUCCCCUCCACGUCUGCCGCCCUGGCGAGCCUGCCCAAGGGCUACCUCCUCAAACACUCCCCUGUGCUACAGCCGUGUGGGCGGCAAAGUUUGGAGCUAUUCAAGGGGAUUCUGGUGGAGCUGAUGGAGCACGGGGAGUGUGCGCCAUUCGAGUGGGUGCACACCCGAUUGGAUGGCUCAGAGUUUCAUGUGCUGGUGAAAGUUAAGAUGGUAAUGAUCAACGGCGAGCGCCUGUACAUGUCGGUGUGGCACGACAUAACGGAGAUGAAGCGCAAGGAGGAGGAGCUGAAGGCGGCCAAGGAGGCGGCGGAGGCGGGCAACGAGGCGAAGAACCGGUUCCUGGCGAACAUGAGCCAUGAGCUGCGCACCCCCAUGAAUGGCGUCAUCGGUGUCGCCGAGUUGCUCCUCCGCACCCCCCUCACCCCGCAGCAGCGCUCCUACGUCGACGUCAUCUCCUCCUCCGGCAACGCGCUCAUCCAUAUUAUAUCGGAUGUGCUUGAUAUUACCAAGAUUGAGACCAACUCGCUGCUGCUGGACUGCUGCCCGUUCAACCUCCGAGAGACGGUGGCUGAAUGCGUGGAGGCGGUGAGGCCGGCUGCAGAGAACAAGAAACUCGCGUUGCAGAGCAGCAUGGGCGGGGGUGUGCCGGAGUGGGUGGAGGGCGACCAGCUGCGGGUUCGGCAGAUUCUGCUCAAUCUGCUCUCCAACGCCAUCAAGUUCACCGACCACGGCCGCGUCCUCCUCUCCGCCGCCCUCUCCCCCAACCCCUUUGAGUCUGACGCCGGUGGGGAAGUUCGUCACGUAGUGGCUUCGCCAGGUGCGGAUGAGGAGAUGGUGGCAGGAGAGGCAUGGAGGCUUGCAGCCGAACAGGUGGAAGGGUGCAUGGAGAGCGGAUUGUGUGCUAGAGAGCAGGAGAGGGAGGAGGAUCAGCCAAGGCAGGGAGGUACGCAUAACAUGGAUGAAACAUCAGCAGCAGCAGCAAGAGCAGGAGCAGGAGCAGGAGGAAGAGCGGGAGAAAGGGGCGGGGGAAGUUGGGGGGGAGGAGGAGGGGAGGAAGGCAUGGAUGAGGAGUUAGCAAAGCAGAAGUUGAGGGAGGAUCUGGAUCGAAUAAUGAACGAGCCGUGGAUGCUCACUCCCGCCACUGCCUCUCUUGCUGCUGCUCGGGCCGGUCUCGCUGCUGCCUCUCUCUCCUGCCCCUCCAGAGCGUCGGACUCGCCAGCUGUAACGCCAGCUGUAGCUGCUGCAGGUGCUGGCACGGCUGCUUCAGAGCCGGCUGUAGCGGGAGCAGGGGACGCCAUGGAUGUAGCAGCUGCGCCAGCCGAUGCGGUGACAGCAGGUCAGGCCAUGGAUGUAGCAGAG